GGAAUUUUCUGUUUCUAGGGGACAGCCAGGUGCAGAUGCCGAGUAGGAUUUGGUUCUGGGGAUCUGCGGGGUGGGUGGCGGUCAUUCAGCACCCUGGAGAUGGGUCUGGAGCUUGGGAAUGGCUGGGGUCUCCCAGAGGGACUGUGGUGAGGGGCAGCCUGCGGGAUGCAGUUUGUCCAUGUGUGUUUAUGUCUGUCAUUGUGGUCUGUCAGCAUGUGCGUGUGUGUGCGCGCGUGUGUGCACACACACUUGGGUCCCGAGUUCUCCAUCUCCGGGAGAGCCUGCACGUCAGUCAGCUGGGGUCUGGGUUGUUUUUGUUUGUGGUUUAACCCUGGGAGGCAGGGGGCAUGGCAAGACCGAGAAACAACCCACUGAGAAGCCCCCGGAAGCACCUGUGUGUUCUGUUCCCCCAGGCCCGGGGCGGGAGGUUCUCUCACUUCUCUCAGGCUGGCCUGGGGGGAGGCUGCAGUCAUUUGACAGCACACCCUGUAGGAUCCAGGUUAGGGACUUCGCGGGGGGCUGGGGAAAGGGGUGUUAGGAAGAGACACCUGAGUAGGGGGAGACCAGGACAGCCUUCUGGUUGGUUUUUCCUGUUCUCUGUGUUUCCUGUGAUGGCAUUGAGGGGGAGGGGCUCCCCAGCACUGGAGCCUCUGUGUGCCUGUUUCCCCUUCCUCCUGGUGACCUCCCAGGGGCCCAGGCCUUUGUGUGGCAGGACCAGGCAGCAGAUAGCUAUACUCAAGCUCGAAGCCAUGAAUCCCUGAGGAUGUCGGCGCUGCCCCAAGCAGGGCAGGAGACUUUUACUUGCUGUGGCAUUUAGGAGGAGGGGCCCCGAGUGCCCUGCACUGGAGUGAGGCAGCCAGCUGCAGGGGUCUGCUAGUUGGCUGCAGCCCCUCAGGCCUGAGACCCUCAUACAGGGACGUUACAGUAUUGUGUUCUGGGCUCCAGGUCACCAAGCUGCGGCCAGGAGGGACAUGGGAUGUUGUCUUGGAUGGUCAGUUUUCCUGGAAGGUUUUUGUUUUAAGGGAAAAAAUAAGUUUUCCAUAAGCGAUUAAUUCCAGCAAACAGGGCGAGACACUGGAGCAGAAGGCAAAAUGUAUGUGAAUUUUUAAGAUCAAACGGGAGACGUGAGAUGCAGAGCUGGAGCGGCUCAGGGUCACAUUAGCAGGCCUGGAGGCAGGGGACUUCUCUCCUGUGGGGUGGGGAUUUCUGAGGGAAAGUCUGACAAGCACCAUCCCAGUGAGCAGAGGAGGAGCUUGGGAAAGUCCUAACUCUGGGAAUCGCCCGUGGUCAGCGUGAAAGCCAGCCUGGUUCCUGGGGUGCCGGGUCAGCCUGGCCUGGUGUGAGCACCUGCAGGGCUACGUGUGCCGGGCUUGUGCGUGGGUGGGUGUGCAGGAGAAGAGGAGGAGGACGCAGGGGCUCUGUGAGGCCGUGCAGACCGUAGGCUCACAGACGGCCGCGUACACACAAAGGCACACAGAUGUGAGCUAGCGUGAAUCACCCGGCCGGCUGUCUGUCUCCAGACCCUAGAGCACCCCAGCGCCACCAUGACUGGGCUGCUGAAGAGGAAAUUUGACCACCUGGAUGAGGACUCUUCCUCCUCCUCUUCCUCCUCUGGGUGCCGCUCUCCUUCUUGCUCUGCAAGUUCUUCGGCCUCCCCUGCCUGGGACUCGGACGAGGAGGGCCCCUGGGAUCAGACACCCCUGCCUUACCGUGACUUCUGUGGCUCCCAGAAUUUCACCCCCCCGUCCAUCUUGAAACGGGCUCCCCGGGCGCGCCCAGGCCGUGUUGCCUUCGAUGGCAUCACCGUCUUCUACUUCCCUCGGUGCCAGGGCUUCACUAGCGUGCCCAGCCGUGGCGGCUGCACGCUGGGCAUGGCCCCGCACCACAGCGCCUGCCGCCGCUUCUCCUUGGCCGAGUUCACGCAGGAGCAGGCCCUGGCUCGGCGAGAGAAGCUCCGUCUGCGCCUGAAGGAGGAGAAGCUGGAGGCACUGAGAUGGAAGCUUUCAGCGACUGGGGUGCCUGAGGCGGAGGCAGGCCUGCCGCUCACGGUGGACACCAUCGACGACGCAUCUGUGGAGGAGGACUUGGCAGUGGCCGUGGAAGGCGGCCAGUUGGAGGAAGGGACCUUCCUCCAGCCCUACCCAGCCCGGUGCCGGCAGGCGCUGCUGCGGGCUGCAGGUGUGCGGAGGAUCAACCGCGAGGAGAAGCGGGAGCUGCAGGCGUUGCGCCGUUCCCGGGAAGACUGUGGCUGUCGUUGUGACAAGGUCUGUGACCCCGAGACCUGCAGCUGCAGCCUGGAGGGCAUCAAGUGCCAGGUGGACCACACAUCGUUCCCGUGUGGUUGCUGCAGGGAGGGUUGUGAGAACCCCAAGGGCCGGGUGGAGUUUAAUCAGGCCCGAGUUCAGACCCACUUCAUCCACACGCUCACCCGCCUGCAGCUGGAGCAGGGGGCCGAGAGCCUCGUGGAGCUGGAGGCCCCCACGUGGGGCAGCGCCCCCAGCCCUGGUGAGCAGGCCCUGGCCCCCGCGUUCUCGCUGGCUGAGCCCCCGACGAGCAGCGAGCUGGGUGACAACAGCUGCAGCAACAACAUGACUGAUUCCUCCACUGCAUCCUCCCUGGCGUCGGGCGCCAGUGAGGCCCCCAGUGGCCCUGCCCACCCGGCCCUGCCCAGCCCUGGCGUCCAGCCUGGCGUGGAUGAUGACAAACUGGUGCAGAGCCUGAGCUUCAGUGACUCAGACCUUGGCAGGGAGGAGGAGGAGGAGGAGGAGGAGGAAGGGGGCGUGGGGAGCCUGGACAACCUGAGCUGCUUCCACCCGGCUGACAUCUUUGGUACCGGUGACCUGGGUGGACUGGCCAGCUGGGCCCACAGCUAUUCUGGCUCUGGCCUCACGCUGGGCGUCCUGGAUGAGAACGCCAACCUGGAUGCCAGCUGUUUCCUCAACGGUGGCCCUGAAGGGUCAAAAGAAGCAAGCCUCCCUGGCACCCCAGGGCUGGCCAGCACGGACGCCGGCCAGAGCAGCUCCGUGGACCUGAGCUUGUCUUCCUGCGACUCCUUUGAGCUAUUCCAGGGCCUGCCGGACUAUAGUCUGGGGCCCCUCUACACCUCCCGGAAGUUGUCUGAUGGCCUGGACACCCUCGAGACACCCUUCCUCCCCUUCCCUGGCUUCUCUCCGCCCAGGGACACAGCCACUUGCUUCCUGGAGUCCUUCAUGGGCUCUUCUGAGCCAGCUGAGGAGGUCCACACUCCCUUCCUCGACGGCCAGUUUGAGGACACUGCCCUGGCGUCUCUGAUGGAGCCGGUGCCUGUGUGAGGAGGGGGCCUUUUCCUGGCCCUCAGAGCGCUGCUGCUGCUGCUGCUUUGUGAUUUGGGGGUUCCCUGGGGCCUGUAUGUAACGGUCUGGGGGCACUCCUGGUUUUUGUGCAACACUCUGGAUUUAUUUAUUUUUCUAAUUCUCUGUGCUGAGGAGCGGGCCGGGCGUAGGGUCUUCCCUUUCCAGCCUCCUACCCACACGGUACUCUUCCGAGCGCCACAGGGUGUGCAGGAAGAGAAGGCCUGGCUCCCCUGGAGCCUUGCAGACUCCUUUUCGUCUUUGUGUGAUGUUUGUCCAUCCGAAGAUGGUGAGAUGGGGCUGGGAUCGGCCACCGGCGGCUUCUCCUGCUGCCCCGAGCCCUGGAGGGUGGGCAAAUCCUUUGGACUGUGAAGACUAAUUUAUUUCUGUAAUUUAUUUGGAGACAGGUGGUGUUGGCCUCUUCUCGGGUCAGUGUGGGGCACAGACCCUGUCAGGUACUUUUGCCAUGUAGACCUGUAGCCCAUGCCUGGCACUGCAGGUGAGCCCUGCCUGGGCUGGGCUUUGGUGCAGACCAGGUGUGCAUUUGAGCCCAGUGAUUGACUCUCAGCUACCUGGUUCCUGGAUGGCUAAGCAUGCAGGGCUGACCAGGGACAGCCUGGACCAGGGGAGGGGCUGGGCUGGGCUGGCCGACCCAACCCUUCCUGUGCUACCCAGCCCCUUUGCUUCCUGUCCUCUGCCCCAUCCCCCUUCCCAAAGGCCACAGCCUUUAUUUCAGCUCCCUUGAUGUUGGAAGGGGAAGCAGGAAGCCCAGAGAGGGCAAGGGGCUUGCCUCAGGACACACGGCAUGCCCCUGACUACUAUCUCAGGUCUUUCUGGGCACCACACUCUGGCCGGGGCCACUUGCCCAUGCCCUGGGGCCAGCUGGCAAGGGGAGGGCUGGCUCCGUAGGGCUUUUAUGCCCUUUGCCCAUGUUGAGUUUUGCAUCAUAACUUCUACACUGUCCCCGAGUGCUGGAACUAUAAUUUACUCAUUCUCCUUUGUGUCUGUGCCAAGAAGCCCAGGCUCUGGGCCUGCCCGUUUUCCUCCUCCCCAGCGCCCUUGCCCAGGAGGCCUCACCAGGCUGCGUGCUUGUGGGAACACCUUGUACCUGAACUUACAGGUACCAGUAAAGAGCCUCUAUUUUUAA